UCAUGUGAUUUACAGUGUUGUUGACAAUGUUUCUGACACCGGUUGCUUGUUGUAUUUUAUGUUACCUUUGCUCAAACAGUAAUGCUGAAGAAGUGACAUACCCUGUUGACGACACUCCUGGAUUAGGAAGACGAUUUGAUGGCAUAGGAGGACUCAGUGGAGGAGGAGCAACAUCAGUGCUGUUGCAAAACUACCCAGAACAGCAGAGGAAUGAAAUCCUGGAUUAUUUAUUCAAACCUAAUUUUGGAGCCAGUUUACAUCUUCUGAAAGUAGAGAUUGGUGGAGAUGCUCAAAGCACAGAAGGAACAGAGGCUUCCCACAUGCACAACAGCUGGGAUGAAAACUAUAACAGAGGAUAUGAGUGGUGGUUAAUGAAAGAAGCUAAAAAGAGAAAUCCUGAUAUUUUGUUAUAUGGCCUACCUUGGGCAUGGCCAGGAUGGAUAGGAAAUGGAACAAGAGAUCCAUAUACAGACAUAGAACUACCAGCUAAUUAUAUCGUCAAAUGGGUCCUUGGCGCAAAGAAGUAUCAUAAUUUAACUAUUGAUUUUAUUGGGAUUUGGAAUGAACAGGCAUAUGAUGUUAAAUAUAUUAAGCUGUUGAGGAAAGUCUUGGAUAACAACAGUUUACAACAUGUUAGGAUCGUAGCUGCUGAUGGAGGCUGGGGUAUUGUCAAUGAUAUCAACAGAGAUUCAGAUUUAGCUAAAGCUAUCGACUAUAUAGGUGUGCAUUACCCAGGAACAGAGUCUGUCAUGUCAGCUGUUCAGACAGGGAAACAAUUAUGGUCAUCUGAGGAUUUCAGUACAUUUAAUGACAAUAUAGGGGGAGGAUGCUGGGCAAGGCUCUUGAAUCAGAACUAUGUAAAUGGAAGAUUCACAGGAACAAUAUCAUGGAAUUUAAUUGCCAGUUACUAUGAUGCUCUUCCAUUUGCUCGUAAUGGUCUGAUGACAGCAAAUUCUCCAUGGAGUGGAAGUUAUGUGGUCAAUAGUCCUAUAUGGAUGUCAGCACAUACAACACAGUUUACAUUGCCUGGAUGGAAAUACCUGUCACAUGGUAGUGGUGUUGGUAAACUGAAAUAUGGAGGGAGUUAUGUCUCCUUGGUCAGCCCUGAUGGCAAAGAUCUCACAAUUGUCAUAGAAACAAUGAGUCAUGAUCAUUCCAUUUGUGUCAGGCCACCACUUCCUGCUUAUACAGUGGCCCAACAAAACAUCACAAUACAACUUGGUGGCAGCUUUGCUAAAAUAACAGAAGUAACAGCAUGGUAUAGCCAGUUAAGAUUUGAUGGGAAGAAUGAUACAUUUAUGCAAAAAGUCGAUAUUAAGGUACCAAAUGGAUUGAUACAUCUGAGAUUAGAUGUAGAUCAAGUAGUAACCAUAACAACACUAAAAGUAGGUCAGAAAGGAAUUUACCCUAAUCCACCACCCAGUAAACCAUUUCCUGUGCCUUAUAAAGAAGAUUUUGAAGCAUAUGCAGUUUCAUCUCAGCCUAAAUAUUUGUCUCAACAAUUGGGUGCAUUUGAAGUCCAGAAAUCUUAUGGAAACCAUGGGCUAAUUUUAAGACAGAUGGUCCUAGAGACUCCAGUAUGGACAUGUAAAGCAGACUAUUAUAACCAUACUAUAAAUGUCAUUGGAGAUUUUGGCUGGACGGACAUUUCUGUAUCAGUAGAUGUACAGAUCAGUAAAGAGAAUGGUACGGAUGGAGUAUUCCUGGCAGCCAGGGUGGAUAAAGGAGGAUGUCAGUCAUUUUAUGCUAAUGGUGUAUUCUUUUAUAUCUUUCCAGCUUCCAAAAUGUAUUACUUGACUUAUGAUUUGUCAAGAACUCAGUUAGUUGCUAAAGGACCUAUAUCAAACUUGCAAGAUGGUUGGAAUAACCUUGAACUUAUUGUGGAGGGAUAUCAGUUGAGAGGAAGUGUAAAUGGUCAGUUAACAUUUGAACAUACUAUAGACAAAGCUCCAUUGAGUGGUUUUAUAGGUAUAGGAACAUCAUCCUAUGGUAUAGCAGACUUUGAUAACUUACAUAUCUUUGAUACAAAUAAAUCUACAGAUAUUUCAUAUGAGGAACAUAUUGAUGAAACAUUGUAUUUUGUACCAAGACAUAACCCAUAGAAAUGCAGCUAAUUAAUGUAUUGUUUUAUUGAUGUAGCACAGUAGGGUUUGCAGAAAAUAUAUCUCCGGAAAUGGGAGAUAACUCUUGGAGAAACCUUGAGCUUGUUUAAAUCAGAUAUUUGGGUGCAUUUUAUUUGAUAAGACCCUUUCAUACAGUAUUUACUAUUGAUAUAAUUGUUACUUUUAAGUAAAGGAAAAAUUGAG